AUAGUCUCCCGUGAUCACCCAUUUUCCUGUUUCUUAAGAAAUCAUUAUCCAUGUCGUCUUCAACCUCCAAAACCAAAUGGAUCUACGAAGUGUUCAUAAAUUUUAGGGGGGAAGAUACUCGUAGCAAUUUCGUUUCUCAUCUUUAUGCAACCCUUUCAAAUGCUGGAAUUAACACUUUUCUUGACGAUGAGAAUCUUGAAAAGGGAAAGGAGCUGGGACCAGAAUUAUUGCGAGCAAUACAAGGUUCUCAAAUAAUCAUUGUUGUUUUCUCCAAAAAUUAUGUUCAAUCUAGUUGGUGUCUUGAUGAACUCGAACAAAUCAUGGAGUGCCACAAAAGUACGGGUCAAGUUGUUAUGCCCGUAUUUUAUGGUGUUACUCCUUCAUUUAUACGUGAAUAUGCUAGCCAAACUUUUGGGGAAGCUAUCGUUAGCAAAACAAAUCAUUUCGUCCUCCAUAAUUCGGAUCCGAGGAAAAAUCCACGAAAUAAGGCACAAGGCGAUGAUCAUUAUAGCCGUGACAGGCUGAAAAUUUCAGAAAAGAAAGAUUCACUUGAGCAAGCACUCGGGGAUGCUUCGAUCUUGGCUGGUUGGGAUAUGGAUAAUUACAGUAAUGAAAGCAGUGUUGUGAAGGAAAUAGUUGGCAAUGUUUUGAAAAAACUAGACAAGAAAUACUUGCCUAUCCCAGAUUUUCCAGUAGGAUUAGAAUCCCGUGCGGAAAAAUUGAUUCAGUUUCUAAGAAAGAAUACAAGAGGAGUUUGUUUAGUAGGGAUUUGGGGAAUGGGAGGGAUUGGCAAAAGCACCAUUGCCAAAGUCGUCUACAAUAAUCUUUGUUAUGAAUUUGAAGAUCAAAGCUUCCUUGCUAAUAUUAGACAAGUUUGGGAGAAAGAGAGGGGGCAAAUUGAUUUACAAGAACAACUUCUUUCAGAUAUCCUUAAAACAAGAAAUGUAAAGGUGCAUAAUGUUGAGUGGGGAAAAGCUAUGAUCAAUGAACGACUUUGCACGAAACGGGCACUUGUUAUACUUGAUGAUGUCAGUACACGCGAGCAAUUAAAUGCAUUAUGUGGAAAUCGAAAUGGGAUUGGUCCAGGAAGCAUAAUAAUCAUCACAACAAGAGAUGCACGUCUACUUGACAUCCUUGGAGUUGAUUUUAUUUAUGAAGCGGAGGGAUUGAAUGUGCACGAAUCUCGUAGGCUUUUCAACUGGCAUGCGUUUAAGGAGGCGAAUCCAAGUGAAGCUUUCCUCAUACUCUCCGGAGAUGUAGUUUCCUAUUGUGGUGGACUACCACUAGCUCUUGAAGUCCUUGGAUCUUACUUAUUCAAUAGGAGAAAACGAGAGUGGCAGAGUGUAAUAUCCAAGCUACAAAAGAUACCCAAUGAUCAAAUACACGAGAAACUAAAAAUAAGCUUUGAUGGUUUAGAGGAUCAUAUGGAAAAGAAUAUAUUUCUUGAUGUCUGUUGUUUCUUUAUCGGUAAGGAUAGAGCUUAUGUUACAGAGAUACUAAAUGGGUGUGGACUUCAUGCUGAUAUUGGAAUAGAAGUGCUGAUAGAGAGAAGCCUCCUAAAAGUUGAAAAGAAUAACAAGCUUGGAAUGCAUGCUCUGCUACGAGACAUGGGAAGAGAAAUUGUUCGUGAAAGUUCACCUGAGGAGCCUGAGAAACGUACUCGAUUGUGGUGUUUUGAAGAUGUAGUUGAUGUACUGGCCGAACAAACCGGAACAAAAGCCAUCGAGGGAUUGGUUUUGAAGUCGCAAAGGACCAGUAGAGUUUGCUUCAAUACAAUUGCUCUUAAGAAAAUGAAGAAAUUGCGAUUGUUGCAACUUGAUAAUGUACAAGUCAUCGGAGAUUAUGAGUGUUUUUCGAAGCAGUUGAGAUGGCUUUCUUGGCAAGGAUUUCCUUUAAAAUACAUGCCAGAAAACUUUUAUCAGAAAAAUGUAGUUGCUAUGGACUUAAAACACAGUAAUCUUACACAGGUUUGGAAGAAGCCUCAGUUGAUAGAGGGACUGAAGAUCCUAAAUCUCAGUCAUUCUAAGUACUUGAAAAGAACCCCCGACUUUUCAAAAUUACCAAACCUAGAAAAGCUAAUUAUGAAGGAUUGUCAAAGUCUGUUGGAGGUACACCCGUCCAUUGGAGAUCUCAACAAUCUUCUUCUGAUAAAUUUGAAGGACUGUACGAGUCUUAGCAAUCUCCCAAGAGAGAUCUAUCAAUUGAGAACAGUGAAAACUCUCAUCCUUUCUGGUUGUUCAAAGAUUGACAAAUUAGACGAAGAUAUAUUGCAAAUGGAAUCCUUGAAAACUCUAAUGGCAGCAAAUACUAGAGUCAAACAAGUGCCUUUUUCGAUCGUCAGAUCAAAAAGCAUUGGAUAUAUAUCUCUAUGUGGAUAUAAAGGAUUAUCACAUGAUGUUUUUCCUUCUCUCAUUAGGUCUUGGAUAUCACCAGCAAUGAAUUCCUUACCAUGCAUUCCCCCUUUUGGUGGCAUGUCAAAGUCUCUUGCUUCCUUGGAUAUAGAGAGCAAUAAUCUGGAUUUGGUGUCUCAAUCACAAAUACUUAACAGUUGUUCAAGACUUAGAAGUGUUUCAGUACAAUGUGACUCAGAGAUUCAACUGAAACAAGAAUUCAGAAGAUUUCUUGAUAAUCUAUAUGAUGCAGGUCUUACUGAAGUGGGAACAUCACAGGCAUUACAAAUUUCGGAUCUUUUCAUGAGAUCCCUUUUGUUUGGUAUCGGAAGUUGUCACAUUGUCAUCAAUACUCUUGGCAAGAGCUUAUCACGGGGAUUGACAACCAAUUUAGGUGAUUCCCUUCCGGGUGACAAUUAUCCUUCUUGGUUAGCCUAUAAAGGUGAAGGACCUUCAGUACUUUUCCAAGUGCCGAAGGAUAGUGAUUCUUGCAUGAAGGGAAUAGCUUUAUGCGUUCUUUAUUCAUCAACACCUGAAAAUUUGGCAACUGAAAGUCUCACUAGUGUCUUGAUCAUUAAUCACACAAAAUUCACUAUCCAGAUUUACAAACGAGACACAAUAAUGUCGUUUAAUGAUGAAGAUUGGCAAGGCAUAGUGUCAAAUUUAGGAGUUGGUAACAAUGUGGAAAUAUUUGUAGCUGUUGGGCAUGGAUUUACUGUUAAGGAAACUGCGGUUUAUCUAAUAUAUGAUCAAUCUAUUUCUACGGAAGUUGAGCCAUCAAGUACUAUUGAAGUUGACCCAUCAACUAGCACAAAUAUUGAGCCAUUACAUGAAGUGGAAGUGCAAUCAUCACUUAGUGUGAAAAUGGAGGCAUCGGCCGAAGAGCAACUACAACCAUCACUUGAUGUGAAAACGGAGGCAUCAGCUGAAGAGGAUGUACAACCAUCACCUAAUGUGAAAAUAGAGCCAUCAGCUAAAGAGGAAGCACAACCAUCACCCGAUGUGAAAAUGGAACCAUCACUUGUCAAGAAUGAACCAUUACCGAACGCAAAUAGAAAAAUAUUUACAAGACUUGCAAAGAGAGUGGGAGAAUGUUUAUGCUUGAACCAGAAAUGAGUAACAACUUUUGAUUGGGCAUGCCUAUUGUCCUGAUAUGGAAUUCCCAUGUAUGUGUUUUUUGCUUAAUGAAAAUAUGUAGAAAAUAUGUGUUUAUGCUUGAACCAGAAAUGAGUAACAACUUAAUGAACCUAUUGUGCCAAGUUGCUUGCCUUUGUUUCAUCUUCAAAUACACCAUUUUUGCACGUCUACUA